UCUUCAGCGCGCGUGCGAUCGUUAAACUAUAGGGAGCCACCUUAACACUAUCCGAAAAAUAACUCUCGCACGCGUUGCGUGCCUAUGUUUUCGCAAUACCAACAGUCAAUACACACGUACAGCGGAGUUUCCUCUUAAAAGUCGCCAUGUUUGCUCUUUACUCCAGGAUGAUCAAUCCAUUGUUUAUUUUCUUGUCGAGUAAACGAUUUCGAUCAAAGAGUAGUCAGAUUUUUCAUGUGCUGAAAGGCUUACUCGCACACUGUGGAGGAAGAAGAAGGGUAAAUGUGCUAAUUACCUCACAGAUAUCAAAUGGGUAAUAAGUUGAUAAAGUCACGAAGUCGAACGAAGACCGAUAAACCAACACCUGCCGCUUUUCCGCGUCAACCAAUACAGCCAUUGAGAGGUACAAGCUCCGUUUUCUCUAAUUUCCCUCGGGUCAUCGCUGAGUUGCGCCACCAUCGCGGUUCUGCUGCUGGAGAAAGCGAAGAAGAAGAAGGAGAAGGUUCUGAUAGCGACGAAGAGGUUCACUGUUGUCUGUUUGCACCUGACGAUGAAUCUGUUCUCGUCACCUGCUCGACUCCAAGACCUUGUGGGCCUUUUAGCCCUGUCAUAGGAGUCGGCCAUUUGAGAGUGUUUGAUAUCAAUUCGAGUUCUUGCACGAAGGAAGUCAUCACUUUCCAUUCGCAAGAAUGCGAUAUCUCGAGGGACGGAGAACUUAUUACUUUUCUCACAAACUCCGGACGAGGGGAAGUUGCACUUGUCAAGCGAAACAGAAAUUCCCGCAGUGGAAUUGCAGAUCGAGUCGAUAAAUUCCAGCCUUGCUGUACAGGCAUGACUGGCCAAGCGCUUUCUUGCAAAUUUUCACCCGAUGCCAGACACAUUGUGAGUGCUGCUUCUUUAGAUUUUCAUAGUAUGCGCGAGACAAACGAGUUGAGUUUGUGGAACGUCAAAUCGAUGCAAAUCGAAGCCAAGGUAGUUCUGCGCGAUGUCACAGAUUUUUGUGGAUUUGUUACAUGUUGCGAAUUUUCUCCAGAUGGCCAGUACAUCGCGGUGUCAACAUCUAAAGAACAGCUGUGCAUCCUGAGGAGCAAAAAUCUGGACGUUGUGACCGUUUUAAGGAGAAGAUGUAGAGGAAAUAUGUGCUGGAGUGUUUUUAAUCCGACGUCCAGGCACGAAGUGCUUGCGUGUUGUUUACAGGAUGGACGCGUGGAAAUCUGGCGCAAAUUGGAUAUUCAGUCUGGGGCCUGUGAACUGCGAUAUGUUCGUGAAAGAGAGCGUGUGUCACGUGUCAGGCUAUACUCUUGUCAGUAUUCACCUGAUGGCCAAAUGCUGGCAGUUGGAACAUCAACUGCCAGCAUUAUUAUGCUGAAUAGUGACAGUUUAGAAGCACUUUUCUAUCUGGACAGUAAAACAUCACCAAGCCCUUUUGCACCCAGACACAAUGCUACUGUGCACGGCAUCGCAUUUUCAAAGUCGCAACAGUAUGUAGCAGCUGGUUAUAGUGAUGGGAUGGCAAGGAUUUGGGCUAUGCCCAUAAGGUUUGAUUUAAAGCAUUUAUGCCGAGUUGUCAUCUUGCAUCAUGUACCGGCCAGUAAAAUCAGUUCUCUCCCAGUCCCCAAUGGUAUUAAGACAUACCUUCUGAACAGGUGUGAUAAUUAAAACCAUGUCCAUAAACAUUGUAGCUAUAUUACGAUACUGUUAUUCAUCUGGGACAGGUUGUUCGAAAGCCGGUUAAUACUAACCCAAAAUCAAAAGUUAACCAAAGUAUCAAUUUUUCUUGUAUAAAAAUGUUUUUCAUUGCUUAUGUAUUGUGCAGUUUAAGAUUAUUAAGGAGGGGGUAAACAUGAAUUUAAGUUUCAUUGCUUAUGUAUUGUGCAGUUUAAGAUUAUUAAGGAGGGGGUAAACAUGAAUUUAAGUGGGUUAUGGAACACCACCAGACAGUUGAACGCCCCCGAAAGGGCACCCCAGGUUGGUGGACAACUGUUUGAUGUACGUCUACCAAUUUUUAACUCCAAAUGCUAAUUUUCAAACAAGACCAAUUCUUCAAAAUUUCCUAUUUCCAUAAAUUUAACUAAAUCUUUGAGAAAAACUAUUUAUCUCCAAACAUAACUAAAAAUCACCAAAAAAUUUACAAAACAGCCCAAAACAUAGAUAUGUGGGGUGAGCAGAGAGAUUAUUGACUGCUUGAACGAGAUUUUUGCAUUAAAACCAUAAUACCCAGCCAAAAUAUGGCCUUCAUGUAGACUCCUGCCUUAAAACUCAAAACUGAAAG